UGCAAGCCUGGUGACACGAGUUCUCACAGUGUCUCUUUCUUUCAUCGCACUAAACCCUGUCUCUCCCAGGACCAUGAAGAAAUGCACGGUUCACCCUGAUGUGAUUGAGUAAUGUAUCCCUUUUUUCCCCCACCUGUCUCCCUGGACCUCAGUGCUCCCAGGUAGGUAAGCCCAGCACCGGCAGCGUGAACAGGUGUGACAUUCUGCUAUGCUAGGGAACAUGACAAUGCAAGGCAUGGCAAUGGUCGUGUUCCUCCACUCAGAAGUAGCUGAGGUAUUUUAUGUAUCAGCUAACCACAUCAAAUGCAUUUUGGUACCCAACUGCAUAGUCGAUGACAUGGCACGCAACCAUUGGUUUAUGCAUGCAGCGUCUGAGCAGGGGAUCGCGACUAAUAAUAGCACCUGUACACUUGCACCUUACUGCACAACACCUGCAACAUAUUAGGCACUAAUAGCAGUAUUGAAUGCUUGCACACAAAAUCAAUUCACUGCUUUGCAAUGCCCGUUUUUCAAUAGGCCUAUGUAAUGUAACGCCUAGCAAAAGAAUGCUGAACAUCAUCACAGACACAUUCAAACAGUUUUCCAUUUUAUUUUACCCAUAGGUCUACUUGUGAAAAGGUCAGCAAAGGACUGCACACUACAGUGCAUGGCUAAUCAAAGAGGGUUCAUUUAUUAAUAGGCCUCUCAGGGAGAGCUAGACUGAGGGGAGGGGGGCUGCAUUGAAGACAGCAACAGGUGCUGCAUCAAUGUGGUGUAAAACGGUCUCUGCCAGACAGAACCUUGUAGCCUGGUUGCCAGUCUGUUUAGCUAACAUUCUACUCCUUGUACUCCCAAGUAAUUUGAAUAUGAAGUACAAGGAGUUUAACAUUAGCUACAAAAAAAAAAUGGCGACCAGGCAAGACAGAACCCGGUUCCAACCAUAUGACAGACAAGGGCGAUAGGGUAAAUGUGCCUAAAUGUUUUGGUAUGUUUGCUAGUUUUGUUUAUAGAAUAUUUGUGCCAACAUUUAAAUAAUACAAUAAUUACCAUGUUCAUUAAUUCACAUGUAUUGUAAAUUCAUGUAGGAAUUAACUGAAAUUGUUCAAUAAAAACGGUUUUCAUACAUGGGGUUUUUCUCCCGCCAUCAACGUUGUCAUUAGGGACUGGGAAAGUGCCAUCUUGACAAGUUGAGGGCGGCAGAGGCUCGAAGAGCGGGAAAUAAAACCGAAUUAAACUAGCUAGCUAACCUGCAACUGCUCUACAGUUUCCUACCUUUGGCACAUUGAAACAAACUAACAAUAAUCUAUAGAUACAUGUUUCUCUGGUUAAAUACAACUGUAACAAUAUAAAUGUAACCAAUACUUGCCCACCUAUGAAUAUGAGUGGUUUAGGAUCGACUAGCUCAAUUUGAUAAACGCCAGAUAUUUUUACUUCGUUCAUACUGCAGCUAGAGCGGGACUAGUGUUGAUGAUUCUGAUACAGGGUCGGCUGUUCCUGGCUGUGUUCACAUCUCUUGCAAGUUGUUUUAACUUUAGUUGCCAUUGUCUUGCUGAUUUACAUUGGAUAUAACCCUCAAUCAAUUAUUUGUUUCCACUUUACUUGUUCAAGAUAUCUAAUCAAGCACGGUGUCUACGAUGGAGAACGAAAUAGCUGUAAGUUACCUUUCACGAGCGUACUACUUGCCAUCUUGCUAGCUGCCAGUAUGCUAGCUAGCUAACAUUAAUAUGUUGUAAAAAACCAUCGGCUAGCUAGCUAAGUGGCUAAACAGAUCAGUGUUGCGUUUGAUUGUGUCGGUAUAUUUAAUUGUGAUACAUGUAACAAUGUGGGUUGCCAAUACUACAAUUAUAUAAAUUAACGUUAUAUAGCCAGCGAGUUAAAAUGUCACUCUUGAACGCUAACGAUAACUGUCUAGCUAUCACUAACGUUAGCUUCCCUGCAUGCAGUGCAUAAAGUUAGCAGGGUCUUUAGUUUAGCUAAUUUAUCUAGCUAGCAAGCUAUGUUAACUAGCGACGUUAUUUAUGUUCAGUUAUAUGUCGCUUGAUAUAGCUAAUGUAUUCUAAACCAGAGUAAGUUAUAUUGUAACUCGUUUUUGGUGAAUGGAGAUUGAUCUAGCAUGUUUCUCUCCUGAUCGAAAAUGUGUUGGCUUGCUCUUGUUAGCUACAGUAGCUAGCUAACUAGCUAAUGUAGUAGCUAAGUUCUCUCUCCUAAACCUUAGCCUAGCAAUGUACAGUUUCUCAUGCAUUUCUGUGAGUCCAUAUUAUAGGCUUUAAAAAGCAAAAGGUCACUCAGGGUUGGCUAGUUAUUCCCAGCCCUAGACAAAACAAAAGUGCAUCUACAAAGACAACCUCUUUUCAAGGUGCAGGUGUUCCCAAGAAUACAGUUGUAUAGACAGCUUGUUUUGAAAGAUCAAAGGCUUACAACAUACCUUUUGUCUUAAAGAUAUCAAACAAUAUUGCUUUGUAAAACAGCUAACUUUUUGCUACAUUAUCAGAAUUUCUCAGCAUUGGUGAGGAUGGACCAAUCCAGUGAUGCUCUUGUUCUGUUUCAAGCUAAUCUCAAUCUGCACCCAGACCAGCACUCCCUCUCCUCCUCCUGCUCCAGUGUCUCAAGACCCCAACAACAAUACCACUCCCUCUCACCAUGCCCCCCGCUUUGGCACCAUCAUCCCUAACCGCAUCUUUGUGGGAGGAAUUGAUUUCAAGGUGAAUAUCGACUCUUUCUUUACUUUCAUAGGGUCUCCUGUUUUUGUGUUGCGACCUAACUUGACAUUUUUUGGUGCUGCUGCAUGUUACUGGAGCAUAAAAAGGGCAGCUUAAUUCAAGUGUGUGUGUUCUUUUUGUGCGUAGACCAAUGAGAACGACCUGAGACGCUUCUUCUCCCAGCAUGGAGCGGUGAAGGAGGUGAAGAUUGUGAUUGACCGUACUGGGGUGUCAAAAGGGUGAGUUCAGUUAAACUGUAAAUGUUCUGCCCACAUAGACUGGAUGACACCUGCAAUGAUGUUUAUUAAAUAAACUACAGCAAUGGAAAUGUAAUCCAGGGACACUGUAUCAUUGCCUUGUGUAUGUGUCCAUCCCACAGAUAUGGCUUUGUUACCUUUGAGACCCAGGAGGAUACCGAGAGAAUCCUUCAUGAUGUAAGUAACUAAAGGUACACUCUUUGACAAAAGGGUUCCAAAAGGGUUCUUCGGCUGUCCCCAUAGAAGAACCCUUUUUGGUUCCAGGUAGAACCAUUGUGGGUUACAUGUAGAACCCUCUGUGCAAAGGGUUCUACAUGGAAUCCAAAAUGUUUCUACUUGGAACCAACAAGGGUUAUUCAACAGGUUCCCAUAUGAGGACAGCCGAAGAACCCUUUUAGGUUCUAGAUGGCACCUUUUCUUUCUAAGAGUGUAGAGCCAAUAUACUGUACAGAAAUGGGAAAGAAGCGAUACGAUACGAACCUUAUAUCUCCUACUGGAGGGCAGCAGCUCUAAUUCACAUUAGAUCUAGCUCAGUCCAUCGUCAGUAAAGUCAUGGUCAUGGGUAGUAAAUGCUCAGUGUAAAGUGAUCUGUCUCAAUCUGUACUGGAUACCCCCUCUCCCUCUGCAACCACCACAUCCCCAGGCUGACAGACUGUGCUUCCGGGACAAGAGGCUCAACAUCGGCCAGGCCGUCCGCAAGCAACAAGUGGGAGGGCACUGUAAGUGACAGAGCACCGUAGAGCAGAGGUAGGCGACCCUGGUCCUGAAGUGCCUGCGUGUUUUUGAUUUAACCGACCUCGAAGACCAGGUGUGUUGAAUUUAGGCAGUCACUGAACUGAUCAAUUAGCUCAGUCGGUCAGGUGUGGUGCCUAGUUGGAACAGAAUCCUGCAGUACCUACGGCACUCCAGGAACAGGGUUGUCUUCCCAUGCUGUGGAAAUUACAUUUGCAACAAAUGUAUAAUGCAUCGUAGAAAAUGUUAACACUCAUACCAUAUAUUGUCUUAUCUUGAUCGUGGGGGGCUAAUGUGCUCUUGCACUUGUUGGCUUUAAAAUGCUGACUCGUCACCUGGGAUUGAGUGUCGAUAACAUUUGCCUUUGUACAUAACCUGGUGGUUGACUUGUGCCUCCUUCACUCAGCAAACAGCUUCUCUGUGUCCAGCCAUACUCCUGCCAUGAUGCCCACCCCCUGUGGAACCAUGUACCUCACCACCUCUACGGGGUACCCCUACACCUACCACAACGGAGUGGCUUACUUCCACACCCCAGAGAUGAGCCCCUCCGCCCCCUACCACUGGCCUGUGAGUCCUAUCCUUCACUCAGCCACGUGCUCAUGACACUAUUUCCCUCGUGGUGAAUGAAAUUGUGCAUUCUGAUCAUGAAUCAUGAGCAACAUAUGAGAAUCAUAGAGAGACUGUUGACAUUGUUUCAUCCAUGAAACAGACAUGACAUACUACAGGGUUUUAGUCAUUUUAGUCAUUUCUUUAGCGUUUUAGUCAGUAUGAAAAUAAAAAAAAUGUAUGCAGUCACUAACUGUAAGUCGCUCUGGAUAAGAGCGUCUGCUAAAAUGACUAAAAUGUAAAAAUUGUAUAUAAUGGAUUGCAUUUGAUAAAAUGUAUUAUACAUUCGGCAUAAAGAUACAUGUUCUUUCUUACAUGGCUGGUGUCCCCAUAUUACAUGUGCGUCUCUAAUCUCCGAUCUGUGUCCUUGUAGUCCCACUCAGUACCUGGCUCUCCAGUCAUGCUGACCCACCAGCCUCCACCCAUCUACCAGCAGCCAGCCUACCAUCACUACCAGGUCAGACAGUCUGUUUGUGCUCUAUAGGCAAUGAUGUCCAUGAUCAUAGGAGUUGGCAAGACAGCACAAACAGAUCUGGGACCAGGCUAACCUUAGUCACCAGUACAGCGUCAUAAGAAAAAUCCAUUGUAAAUAGUGGUACCUCAGCCACUGACAACCAAGUCAGCUGUGCAGAUUUAAUGGAAUGCUAUUGAGGUGUUAUUCCAGGAGAAAGCUGGUGUACUCCUGGGUACUGAUCUGUUUCCUAUACUGUGUCCUUCAGGCCCCUACACAGUGUCACCCUAGUCACCUGCAAUGGAACGUUCCUCAGGUAAGGGAAGGAGAUGGGCGUCUUUGCUCUUCACCUCUACGUUUGUGAGUGGGUUUUUGUCGGAGGCAAGGUCCGUUCUAAAAGCGAACUAAUGUGUGUGCAUGCGAAAUUCUGUGUGUGUGUGUGUGUGUGUCAGUCUCCAGUGCCCUCCAGCCCAGUGUUGUACAUGCAGCCCUCUGAGCUCCUGUACCAGCCCAUGGAGCAGCCCAGCGACGGGGGCUGUGUCCAGUCUGCCAUGCCCCUCAUAGAGGCCCCCAUCCCAGAGGUAGAUAACAUCUUCACCUGGGUCCUGUUCAAUACGCUCAAAACAGAGGAAAAACUUACUUGGUGCAAUAAGAAAGGCAUGUUUUUAUUGACUGUUUCAAAAUGUUUUGCUACAGUGUGCCCUACUGAACACAACCAUUUUGUAGUUCCCUCAGUCAGUGUACUAUUUCCCAUAUGCUACUUCAUAGCGUUAGCAUUAGGUGACAGUUGAUGUAUAAAUCCAUACUCAGUUAUUGCUUGUUUUACCACAGCAGCAGUUCAUCGACCACAUGGUGCAACCAGCCUACAAUCACACGAUAUCAUACUACCCACAAAGUCCAGGGGGGAUGACACCCGUGAUGAUACAGCAAGAACCAGGAAAGGUACCAGUUAUUAUACCAGUAUAAACUUAUUAUGACAUUAUAUGUUAAUGCAUGCUAGAUACUCAUCUUUAUUGGUCUGUUGUGAUGAAUGACUGUUGGAGAAGGGUUGUCAUGUGUUGUGUCUGUUACGUUACCCAUCUAGGAACAUAAGUUCCACGUCAUGAGGCGAGGUUACCCCUCCUCGCCCGUCAGCCUGAAGCCCAGGUACGGCCGCAACCCGCACUACGCCCAACUGCGCAAGGAGUACCGCCCCGAAAUCACCAGCGACCACUCCCCUCCGCCCACCACCGAACCAGUCAAGUAGAGGUCAUCCACGUUUCCUUUCAAGCCAAUGAAACUCCCAUCUCCUCAGGCAGAAAGACCCGCUUCUCACUCUCUCCACCCGCUUCUCAAUCUCUCCAUGAACCUGUCUCCUCCAACACUUCACACAACCCAUCACCCGCAUUAUAUUAUUCAGUCCAGACAACUAUGUGCUCGCUGAAUGUGAAUUUUUAUCUGUGUAGUAUAAUUUAAUGUGAUAUUCUCAAUAUUCUAUUAUCUUAGCUUCUAAAAAGUACUGUAAGUGCUAUGAUGUAAAAGCUCGUUCCAUCACUCCCAGACUGUGAACAUUGUGCAUUGUUCUCUCUGGUGUUUUUUUCCACAACUCAGGGAGGGAUAACUAGCUCCUAGUACUGUUUAACUGUUUCAUAACUAACCUAAUGCAUAAUUGAUCUUAAAGCUAAGAUAAACGAUCUUUCGUAAAACAAGAAUGUUCUUGCUUUGGCAUCUGUGUCAAACUUUUGUCAUGUAACCAUUCAGAGUAUAGACGCAACAGGAAACGUAUUUCCUUGCCAGGAAUGUUGGUGGCACCUUAAUUGG